GCUUGGAGCUGGGAAGAUGGCGUCGGCCAUGCUGCUCUUGGUCGUUACUCCGUGGCCCGCGGCACGGGGACUCCUGCGAAACUGUUGGGAGCGGUUGCAGUGGAGCCUCCUGCGGAGUCGACCAGGCGUUCCGGGCCCUCCUUGGGCACCAGCAUUAGCAGCCCCGAGCCCGGCUGUAUUUGCAGAACCGGCAAAUGAUUACAGUGGAAGUAAGGACAUUUCUAGCCUCUUGGAUAGUAUCUUUUGGAUGGCAGCUCCUAAAAAUAGGCGCUCUAUUGAAGUGAACCGAUGUAGGAGAAGAAACCCUCAGAAGCUUAUUAAAGUGAAGUAUAAUAUAGACGUUUGUCCUGAGUGUGGCCAUCUGAAACAGAAGCACGUCCUUUGUGGCUAUUGCUAUGAGAAGGUGCGCAAGGAGACGGCAGAAAUCAGAAGACAGAUGGGGAAAGCCGAAGGGGGCCCUUUUAAGGCCCCUACUGUAGAGACAACGGUUCUGUACUCGGGGGAGACGCCGGGGGAACAAGACCAGGGCAAGAGGAUCAUUGAGCGGGACAGAAAGAGACCAUCCUGGUUCACCCAGAAUUGACGCAACAAGUGUUUAAAGAGGAUAACUUCACAUAGUAAAACAUUGCUCCUGCAAGAAGAUGCUUUGUUCUUAUGUUACAAAUCAUCAAUAUAAUUGAAAUCAUUCUUUACAAGGAAUUAGUUUUGUGUGGAUUAAUUUCAAGAAUAUAUCAUGAAUAAACUAUGUUGGUAUACAGUUUAUACACUCCACGGCUUUGAGAAAGCAAAACUUUGCGAACACAAAAACAAUUGAAAGUUUGUAGCAGUAUUGUUAGUUUUUGCUCUGGUUUCUGUUUGUCUGAUUUUCCUUACACAAGUCUACGCAAACAACACCUACUAAAAACGUGGUGUUUGAAUUCUCAGUACUAUUUUCCGCGGUGGUCGUUGUGCUGGAGGAGAUCGGAUGAAGCCCCAUCACUCUUCUGCCACCGUGGAGCAUUUAGUCUUGCAUUUAGUUUUGUUUUAGACAGUUAAAAUUACCUAGUGUAUCUGUCAUGUUAUUUUUUUACAUGUAUGAUUCUAUGACAGUUAUGCUCAGCAUGCACUUCAUAUGUAAUUGCUAUGUUAAUAUCCUUAGGUGGUAGAAAUAGCUCUACAUUUCAAGAAACCAGGAUGUAUUAAAUGAUUCAUGAGAUAUAA